UGUCUGGAGUGAAGCUCCAGUCUGCUCUGCAGCUAGACUACUUUGAAAAAAUGUCCUGGGUGCAGGCAGCUGUGGCGAAGCAGCAACAAAAUGACAGGGAUGAGGUGUUUGACGAGGAGGGGGAUGAGAUGAGUCUCCUGCAGAAGGACUGGAGAAAGUCCAUGGAGCAUAGGCUAAAGGAGGGAUAUCGUGAUGGCGUAGAUGCUGGGAAGGAAACAUCUCUGCAAAAAGGUUUUAAUCUUGGUUAUAAGCUUGGUGUAAAUACACUGAUGCCUUUUGGUGAGCUAAGAGGGACCAUAAGCGCUUUACUGACAUGGUGUCAUCAUUAUAACCCAGAACCCAGUGGGAUUGCACAGCUUAAUAUGCUUCUGACAGUUGUACGUCAGUGCGAGGAAAACUUGGUCAAAUCUUUGUCUUCCAAUUUCCAAACGCUUCAUCCUUCCCAGCUAUCAACUGCAAUGGAAGAUAUGGGUCUCUUAAGCGACGAGAUUGGAAAUAAAGUGAAUGAACAGGGCUCAUGUACAUCAGACAAAGACUGCUGUAAACUCCAAGAUCAGGAUGUAUCUUCACUAGCUAAUUGUACGACUACACAAGAGCUCAGGGAUGUAGCAAAUCAUGAAUGUAGUAGGAUAAUGAAGGAGACACUUUCUGUAGCUGAAACACUGGGUGUGUCACCAAACCUACUUUUUCAUCUUCAAAAAUUCAAAGACUAAAGGUUAAUUAAAAACUUUAUAUUUUUUUUUCUUUUUUCAAAAGAUGCUUUUCUGUAUUGAGUAGUUUGUUGUGUUAGGGAACUUUCCAGGUGAUUAUUAAGAAACCUGUUACUGAAUAAAUCAUAAUUAUUUUUUUUUCCAGCUUUAUUUGAAAUCUACAAAUAAUGUAUAUGACAUUUUCUCAUUAUGAUUAUACAAGUUGCAAAAACAUCUCUUUGAAAAUACAUACUGAGACAUCUACCGCAUUGCAUACUGAGACAUCUACCGCAUCACCUUUGAUGUAUGUGUAGUUUUUAUUUUUACAGUGUUUCAAAAACAAUUCAAAUUAACACUUACUCAUAAGUACUUUAUAUGAAAAUACAUAUCGGUAGCAUAAGUACAUCUUUGUAUAACAAUAAAUAAAAAAAAAGACAUUUUAUCAUAUAUUUAGAAAAAAGUUUUCAUGAUACAGAGCAUACAAUUUGAACCAACGUUCCAAUUUACUGCUAUCCUCAAAUUUGGUUCAUUCUCUUGAUAUCCUUUUGUUUAAAAAGUUGCAAUGCAUUGCUGGGAACUAGCUGAACACAAUGGGUGAGCCAAUGACAAGAGGCAUAUAUGUGCAGCCACCCAUCAACAGCUAGCUCCCAAUAGUGCAUUGCUGAUCCCGAGCAUACCUAGGUUUGCUUUCUAACAAAGGAUACCAAAAAAUUAGAUAAUAGAAGUAAAGGGGAAAGUUGUUUCAAAUUUGAAUGCUCUGAUUCAUGUCUGUUUUGACUUCACUGUCCCUUUAAACAAAAAGGUUUAUAAUUUUUUCUAUAUGUAUUAGCAGCAACCAAUACUUUCUCUUCCCCUGAGGAGGAUAUUUUGUACAUUGUUAAUGCUAAACAGUAAGGGGCGGUAUAUACAAAAUGUGCUGCUAAGCACAUUCACUGAUCAACCACAUUGAGGAUUGGACUAAACACAUCACACUGAACUAGUUAACUAUAUAGAGAGCAAAUGUAAAACAUUGUUGCAAAACUGCUGCUGCUAUAUAGUGCUGCAGACACAUGCACACUUCUGAGCUUACAUCACUGCUUUUCAACAUAGGAUAACAAGAAAAUGAAUAACAUUUGUUAAUAGAAGUAAAUUGGAAAUUUCAUUUGUUUAAAAUGUUAUGCUCUAUCUAAACCAUGAAAAUAAAAUGUGGGGUUUUAUGUCUCUUUAAGACAGCCGUUUACUCAUUACAAUGGCUGUAUUUGAGACAGCAAGGCAGUAGUAGUGAGUGGCUGCAGCUUCAUUAAUGAGGACACACACAGCUAGAACAAUUAGCCCUAAUAUUUAGUUACUACUGGUGCCUGCAUUUGUCAAGCCUUGGUGUAAUGUGACUCCAGCCUAUUCAGCUGUUAGCAAUCGUCCCUCCAUAUAAUAAACUAUGACUUCCUUGUUCCAAAUGUUUGACCAGUAUAUUGGCUGUCCAUUUUUCAUUACAUACCAUUUUUUUUUUUUUUUAAUUAUCUUAAAAAAAAACUGAUAGCUAGUUGAAUAGUGGUUCUUUUAUUUCUAGUUUAGCAAGUACUGUAUGGAGCUGUUUUUAUUUCACAAUGUUUUGAUAGAACAGGUUGUUUUAAUUUUAUUUCUUAUCCUUCCAAUGCUACAGAACUGACAUAGCUGCAUUUAUCAUUGCACUAGAAAUGCUUGUGCAAUGCCGCCCACAGCUUGCUGGCUGCAAAUCGGCCACCAGUAGGGUUUGUCAAUCUUCCCAAUCGGAUCUUAGGACCACUUGUACUUUAAAGGGACAUGAUACCCCAAAUUUUUCUUUCAUGAUUCAGGUACAGAGUACAAUUUUUAAAUAUUUUCCAAUUUACUUCUAUUCUCAAAUUUUCUUUGUUCUCAUGUUAUUCUUUGUUGAUGAGAUAUCUGGAUAGGUAGCGUGCACGUGCCUGAAGCUCUACAUGACAGGAAAUAGUGCUGCCAUCUAGUGCUCUUGCUACUGUAUAACAUUCUUGAAAAAUUGCUACCAUAUAGUGCUGCAGACAGGUGCACGCUCCUGACUGUACCUUCACAAUUUUCAACAAAGGAUAACAAGAAAGCAAAGACAAUUUGAUAACAAGUAAAUUAGAAAGUUGUUUUUCUAUCUGAAUCGUGAAAUACAUGUUUUGGGUUUUAUGUCUCUUUUAACUUGUUUCAGGUGAGCCUAAAGCGACUGGCCUCUGAAGCAGCGAUUGCUGCUUGGUAAAUGGAGCCCAAAAACUGCUGCCAAAUCACUACUUAACAGGUCUUGAUUUAUUUUUAAGCUGUUUUCUUCCACUGAGUAUACUUGAAAUAUUUUAAAUUAAAGCACAUUGAAAAAAGCAAUCACUGCUUGUUUGUUCACAAUUUUUUUUUUUUUUUAAAUCAACAUACAAUAAAAUUCAUCUGCAUGCAUAAUUGUAUAUAUUGUGCAGUGGACUAAUUGCUUACCUAUCUUUUACCUUGAAAAAGCCGUUGGUUAACGGUGAAACGUAGCUGUAUCCGCAUUAGGGGUAAUUCAAUCGCAGUUAAUAUUGACUUCCUAGAAAGGACUGAUCACAAAUAUGUAUGUUGGUGUAUUGGAUGUUUUAUUGUAUUUUAUAUGUAUAUUUUAAUAAAUUGUUCUUCUUGAA